GUUUUUGCACAGCUGUUUUGUGGGCCUGGUUGCCGCGCGCAAUAUUGCUAAGUGACGGUUUUGACAAACAUGAAGUCUGCAAAUAUAAUGCCAAAAUGAGGGUGUCGUCGCACAGACGCAAUGGCUUGUAAUUAAGGUUAGCAUUGCAGGAUCCGCAGUCGCUGAGCCUGGGACGUUCCGUGAAAGCGGUGCUAGUCUCAGAUGUCUGUCGAGUUGGCAGUGACCGGCGUGCAGGCCUUCCGUGCCCCGUCCAGGGCAGGAGGGGGCUGCAGAGGGGGUGUUCUAGGAGGAGUGCUAAUCAGUGAUGCCAGGAGAGAUGGAGCGUCGAAGUCCCAGCUCUGGCAUCCCGCCAGGCCAGAGGUUCCCAGGACGCCUCUUUCAAAGAGCUCCCCGCUCAGCAGCGCUAACCUCAAAAAGAAGAACAAAUACAGGUUGAAGAGCCACACUCCUACCUAUUGCGAUGAGUCCCUAUUUGGCUCCCCUGAGGAGGGCCCUGCCUGGAAGUCCCCCUGGACAAAGAAGGAUGAUACUCGUAAAUCCCGCCCUCUCCUCUGGACCCCGCCCACUGUACACACCUGCACCACACAGGCCCCUCCCACAAACACAGCCAAAGCGCCCCCCUUGAAAGAAGCCCCACUGGAAACUCAGUGUGGCAGCAGAGAGUUCCUCUAUGAAAGUAAGAGGGAUUUCUGGAACCCCCCAGAGAGUGAGGAAGACGAGGGAAUGGGGCCCAACAUGUCCUGGGUAGGUGAAAAAGGAGCUACAAGGAAUUCUAGGGAAGUGGAACUGAGACAGAGACCUGCUUCAGCGUUCACAGACCUCGCAGGGAGGCAAGCUAAUGGCAGGGUCCGGUCAGCCAGCCUGAGUAAGCCCGUCUGGAGACCCAAGACCACAGGCUCCAUCAAGACUAAACCCCCCUGGAAGUACUAAACUGACCAGCUAACCAAGAAGAAGCAUUGGUGCAGCAAGUAUCAAGAUGAAAGAGCUGUGCAUCAUGGUUUGUGAUAGAGUGCUAAGUGGACAUACAGGAAGGAAUCUAUCUCGCAGGGCUGUGUUGAACCUGAAGUCUUUUCCCGAAUGGUAAAGGUGAUUUGGACAAGUCGUUCUCCUUCCUAGGGAUGGUAAAGGGACCUGUAGGUGGUGCAUGUAUAUGUCCUACUGCAUGAUUUGGAUGAAGGGUGAGGUGAGAUUUACACAUUGGUUAAUGUUUGUAUGACACCUUGAGAUUAGUUUUGCACUAAAUGUGUGUGUGUGUGUGUUUGUAUAAUGGAAAGGGACCACAAACAAACAUGGACAGAAAAUACAUAUUUUUAAUUUUGGUUUUAUUUUUUUUUUGCUGGAUAUCUUAUAGCUAUGUAGACGGGUACACGCACUUAUAUGAAGUGUCCAGAACACUCAAUUUAGAAGUAAUCUACUGAAACAGUUUUAAGUAUUAUUUACUGAUUGCUACUACUGUCUUCUAGACCCCCUUGUAAAUGAGAUGCUAAUCUAAAUGGGUUCUCAUCCUGGUUAAAUAAGAAAGAAUUGAAUUAAAAAGCUCAAUCAUACUGUAGUUCUGGAUCACAUUGAUAAUUUGAUGAAAGGAUGGAGGGACAGCAUACAGUUUUGCAGUAUUACCACAGUAUAUCUGAUUUGUUUGUGCAGAUAAUCAAAUCCACAAUCCUCUCCCUGUUUAUAAAAUGAAUUUGAGUUUGAUUAAUAAAGUACUUAUUUCAUACAAGUGAUGUUGGUAUUUGUAUAAAUGUUUGUAUAAAUUAAUUAAAAGAUGUGAUACCUUUUAUUAGACUAAACUAAACAGUAAUUUAAUCAUACACUUUCAAUAUGUCAAAGGUCUCUUCUUCAGGGAAAAGCUUUCCUACUUUCACAUGAAGAGAUCUUUGAGCAGCGCUCCAGAUAAGGUUUUGGGUCUGGGAAUAACUUGCCCUCUAAUUUUAACACAGAGUAAAAUGUA